CCUAACCCUAGGAGUUCAGUAAUGAUGUCACUGAAUAAAAGAGCAUUACUCACUUGCAUCAGAGGAAAAGCAAACCCAGAUACACAAGAGCAGAAUCUAACUAGAGUGCUCCAGCAGUGCAUUUCAUAGCACAAAGCAAGCAACAGAAAGUGAAGGCUGGCUGUUCCCCAUCCCCAGAAAACCUAGGCAACCGAAUACCCAAGGCAGCAUGCUCUUGUGCAUGGAUUUAGACCGAAGGUUUACAGAAGAGGUCUGAUCACCAGCCUCUGUAUUUGAAAAGAACCUCAAGUACUUGGUCCAAACAACCUGCUGGGGAAAACUAGCAACCACAGAUCAUGAAAAGACCUACUUCUUUGAAAGAGGACACAGCUAUUGCUCCAUUUCUACCCAAACAUUUGACGAAAACCUCAGGAUUUUCACACUAAGCCGAUGAGUACCAAUGCUUAUGGUCCUUUCAGAUCUGCCUGCUGGAAUAUUUUGGUCUCCUGAAUCUUAAGAGCCAUCCAGCCAUUGCGAUUUAUUGAAGUGAAGUAUUAAGAAGAAAGACGGCAGCAUAAUGGGAAUAACUGUACAAAAUGUAACCGGAAGCACAGCCCUCGUGAUCUGGCCCAAAAUGGAGAGCUGUGUAGAUAGCUUUUACAGCAUCAUGUACAAUCCAAACUGGGACAAAAUGCUAUCAGGGUAUACCAGAAAACAUUUUCAAAAAGAAGAGAGAGUGCCAGCCAGUCGAUCAUCAUUUGUCAUUGAGAACUUGAUUCCAUUAACAACCUACAUUCUCUGUGUAACAUGCCAGUCAGCAAACCCAUCAAGUGAUCAAUGCAGGAUUUUUAAUACACCAGAACAAGACCCAGCAACCACAAGCAAUAAGAAGAAAGACCUGGCAGUGGGCAUAUGGCUAACCAGCACUGUUUUGCUUCUCAUCAUCUUUGGUAUUCUGAUCUACAGUUGCUUGCAUAUAUGGUGGCGCAAGAGAAGAGAGAGUUCAGAGAGGCAAAGCAUUACAUCUGAAGAUAAGGGGGAAGUGUGGGCAAAAAAUGAACCAUGUGCUUUAGAAGAGCUGAACAAGCAAGCCCAGCCUGCUCAAGGAAUUGAGAUUCAAAGCACAGAUGGCAUCCAAUUGGCCACCGUUAUUGCUAAUCCUUUAACAUCAAAGAAACCCAUAAUGCUGAGUUCCAAAAGUCAGGAUUUUGUGCCUAUGUCGCUAUGUCAAUCUGACAUAGGGUCUUCAACUGGAAUGUGCCACCACUGAUAAUUUGCUAUGUACACAGUAUAUAUUUAAACUUAUUCAAGAGAGUACUACUGUACCAUUCUUAAAUCACAACUUCCUCAGCACACAGUGCUGAACUAAGGAAGAUCCUUCUUUUUCAAAGGCAGCUUUAAAAGGGGCAGGAGGCAAAUCAACAACUGAGUUUCAGGGAGAUCAUUUAGGUGUAGGCACUUGGAAUUAAAGUAUUUCCGCCGCAGAACACCACAACAAAAACUGCUUCUGACAUUCCCCCAAAGGUGGUGGUUCAUCAUAGAAACAUGGUUUGUCAUAUACAAAGCCACCAGCUCUGUUCAGGCAUCAUAUAUGUUCAGGUACACUUGCAUGCAAAGAAGGGACUGUUCUAGUACAGUUGUGUCCCGCAUGACGACGACAAUCCAUUCUGUCAAAAUCGCUGUACAGCGAAAUUGCUGUCAUGCGGAAAAAAACGCUAUUGGAAU